UGUUCACAAGAAUAUCCAACUCCGGGGAGAGGAUGAGGUUGGUCUUCCUGUAGACGAGGCUAUCACCGAAGGGUAAAAGGAAUAACGCAUUGCCCCCAUGGCUGUCCCUGAGAAUCGCCCUGCAAUCCAAGUCUUUGUAUGUUACCUGGAUCUUUGAAACAACACUGUAUCUAACCUUGUGUUGCUGACGAUAAACAUCAUAGAUUGGAGAUAUGGCGUCGGGAAAUGAUUCAGACGUUAAAUACUUCACCCUUGGGGAGUUUUUACAGGAGACAAGGUUUGAUACACGCCCCUCCAGUUUACCAGGAAACAACCAGACCAGCGACAUAUUCCCUGAACUUCCGGACGCAGACGAAGACCUGCUGGACGUGCCGAAGCAGGCAGACAUCAUUCGGAACAUGAUCUUGAAGGAGGAACAUCGAGACCUUGAAGAACGACUGAUGAGGAUACGUCACAAAGAACGAAAGGAGACUGUAGACUUUCGUAUCGAUGGGAGUUCCGCUUUUUUCAUUUGCUGCGCAAGUAACAAUGUCGAGUUGGCAACUUUUCUUCUCGACAGAUGUGGAGCAGAUGUAGAUCAGAAAGGGACAGAUUCACCCUUUGGUUGGCAGCCAAAUUUGCCCCUUUGCUCUCCUCUUUGUUGCGUUGCCAGACAUGUUGAAUCGUUACCAAUGGUGCGUCUGUUGAUAGAACAUGGUGCCAGUAAAAAAGGAGUGGACGAGACUGGGAUGACUGCUAUACAGAUUGCCUGUCAAACAGGCAGUAUGGAAACAGUGUUGUACCUUUACGAGCACGGGUUUAGUGUGCAUGACGUGUCUCCUACAGGGAAGACAUGUCUUAUACUAGCUGUACAGAACACAGAGAUAUGUAAGUUUCUUAUAUCGAAAGGCGUGGAAGUAGACCACACGGAUAGCAAUAGUUCAUCAGCGCUUCACUAUGCCGUUCGCGACGGUCAACUGGACACUGUAAAAUUGUUGAUCGGAUCAGGUGCUGACGUCAACAUGACGGACAAACAAGGUCUAGAUGUUAUUUUGCGUGCUGCGUCGGCGGUGCAGGUCGGAGUAGUGGAAUAUCUUAUGCAGGACCCAUCUAUACCUGUGAGGUCGAAAGUGCUUGCGUAUAAGCUUCUUGGAAGCAGUCUGGCCGACACAGGCAAAGAAUUAGAAGCUGUAUUUUGGUGGGAUAAGACUAGACCCCGGGAGUGUGAUUUCGCUAGCGACGACUACGUACAACAGCUUAUAUCAGACGGCCGGAAGUUGUCUGUAGGCAUCGCUAGGUCCUCCCAACCAACUGAAGAACUUGAACUUCUUGAAAGAAUUCAAGCAUAUUCGGUCCGCGUCAAAAUUGAAAUAUUUGGACUUUGUCAUCCACAGACAUACAAAAGUCUUUGUAAACUAUUAAAUAUCAAUUUUCUCAUGAUGAGUUUGAAACACAGUCUCAAGUUACUACGAUACGCAGCCGAAGUGUUCGUCCAAAAAGAUCAGCUUUCCAGUAAAGCAGCGCCAUAUAUUGCUUCCCGACUAAUGAAAGUGUUUAAUCGAAUCUGGCAAUGUAAGAAAGAAGUAAAACCUGAGGACAGAAGCAGUAUCAUAGCGGAAGUGAUUGAUAUACUAGGGAAUCUUAUCGAUCAUGUAUCCGACCAAUACAUCCAGUCACGUACAGAGUCUGUGGAAUUCGAACAAAUGGAGGACGACAAUAUAUCUUCUUUCGUUGGACUUUCUAGUGUUUAUUCUCAUAAACACGCUGAAGUGUUUGAGUGGAUGUGUUUAGCACUUGAUCUUGUGUGUAUCGUAAGAUCACUAGAACCCAAUAUCCGCGAAGAAGCAAGGCUCAUCAAUCAUCUCAGUAAACUGGUAGAAGCAGAUCCAAGGGGUCCCUCGGAAGAAACUCUUCUGCAUAUCGCCGUAACGUUAAACCCCAACUAUAGACCAUAUCUGUCCACUGACAUGGUGUUUCGUUGUAACAGGUUCGAGGUCGCGCGUAGCCUCAUACACGCGGGGAUCGAUGUCAAUGCCAUUGAUGUGAAUAGAAACAUACCUCUUUGCUCACUUUUGCAAGUGAAUGCUAAUUGGAUUGAAGACGAGAAGACGCUCAUCGGUUUGUUACUGGACUACGGCUCGGACAUAGACAUACGAAAUAAAGAUGGAUUGACUACCCUCGCUCUGCUUCAACGAGCGGGCAUCAUGAUUUGUCAGCUCAACUACCAAAAGCUUCAGUGCUUGGCGGCGGCUACAAUAAGAAGUCACAACAUUAAGUUUGAAGGAUAUGUUCCAAAGAAGAUCGAGACAUUUAUAUCUUGUCACUGAUGUCCCCUUCUUGUGUUCUAGUGUACAGUUAGAUGUGGCAUGGGCGUGAGAUUGGACAUUUCAAAUAUUUCAUUGGUUGUU